UCAAACUCACCCACCGCCCGGUGGAGAGAGAAAAGAGGAUGAGAGACGGAGAGGUGCACGCGGACAGAGAGCACCUACGACGCCAGUGGGUUAUAAUGGAGACUGUUCAAUAGAAGCUUUCCGCGGUGGUGAUCCGAAAUGAGACGUUUCCCGCAGAGGAGGGAUGUAACGAGGCAUCUGAACAGGACGGGAGAUGAGAUUCACACAGUUUCGGAGACUCUCUUCUUCCGGUGAUCUCAAACAGUCCGCCCUGUGAGCCGCUGGGUCUUGGGCGGUGUACGGGACAGGGGGCGCACGGCUAACCGCCGCUCCAGCUCAACGGUGGAUUGAAGAAGAAAAUUAAUAAUUGCCGUCUUAAUUCAACCUGCAGGAGCUCUGUGGGUCCCCGAGGGGGAAGAGUGGUCUUCACCAUGAGGGCUUUUUCAGCAAACUUGUUCGCCCUCCUUUUCCUGUGCGCCCUUGCAAGUGUUUUCUACGUGUGGAGCGCACUGGAGAACCGUUUGGAGCGACACAAACGUGGGUUCCCAGUACCGGGCGGAGGCUCUUCCCACCACGGUCUCCCAGUGGACCUCUCCGCCAAAACUUUCCGGGCAUUGCUCGCUGUCCCGGCGGCACAGAGACCGCACUUGGGGGGCAGACUUGAGGCUCCCAACCUCACGGAUCAAACUGCCUCCGCUGGAACUCGAGAUUACCAUGUGAAUGGGGAUAACAAGAGGUCAGCGCUGCGGGAGGGCCCGGUCAAGUUGGGCUCCCCGGUGGAGGAUGGGAUAUUUUGGAGUGAACGUCUGGAGGGUCUCCUCCCAGCGGGCUUCACGGAGGAAUAUGCAAGGGCUUGGCGAGAGAGAGCCAGGACGCACCGAAUAAUGAAGCUGGAGCCCGGAUGCGGCAGGAUAUCGAAUCAGCUCGCCACUUUUGCAGACGGGACGAAAGCGUGUGUGCGUUACGGGAUAAACGCGGAUCAGGUGCAAGGGGAAACUUUGACUUAUUACCUCGCCAGUUUGCUGGGCAUCACAAACCUGCCUCCUCUAAUACUGUCCCAGCUGAACGGUGACGGUGAGCAAUGGGCGGCUGUGAGGACGGGGAUCGGUGGAUUACAGUGGAGUGAUCGAGCCGUGGUUUCUCUCACCGAGUGGGUCUCCAACCUGACCGGGGUGGUCACACCGGCGCCGCUCAGACAGGAGAGCGGCGGGCUGCAUCCCGUGCUCCCGGAGCUCUGGAGCAAGACGACGGCGGAGCUACUGGAGCUGAUGCAGUGGACCGACCUGAUCAUGUUCGACUACCUGACUGCGAACUUCGACAGACUCGUCAGCAAUCUGUUCAGCCUGCAGUGGGACUCGCGCGUCAUGGAGAGGGACACCAACAACCUCCUGAAAACACCCCGCGGUGACCUUGUGUUCAUAGACAACGAGGCCGGGCUCGUGCACGGCUUUCGGGUGUUAAGCAUGUGGGAGAAGUAUCACAAUACGGUGCUGGGGUCCGUGUGCGUGUUCAGGAAAAGGACCGUGCAGCGCGUGGCGGAGCUGCACAGGCGCAGAGACGCCAGGACAAGGCUUCUGGAGCUCUACAGAGACAGCGAGCCAUUGUCUCUGGAACUGGGAUUUCUCUCAGACGAGCACGCUGGCAUUCUCCAGGACAGGAUAGACAGAUUACACAGACACAUUUUGCAUUGCAAAGGAAAGUACGGCGAGCUGUGAACACUCAGCGGGCACAGGUGACGGAUUUGUUGUUGGCACAGUCUAAACGGGCUCUGCAAACGCGAUUUGGCACACCUGUGCUAAACUGAUGCGCAUUACACUAACUGUCUUGAAUACCCAGUUGAACUACCUCUUGUGAAUAGAAUGCGAUGUCUAUACUUUAUAAAUAAGUACAUUUGACACAUGUUUAUAAGCUCCCUGCUGAGAUUUCCACUGUAUGCCUCACAGAGAGGAAUUAUUAAGGCUAGUCUCUCUCCUGUCUUACUUCACCCCACUAAUGCUCACCGAAUAGAAUUAAAUAUAAAGAGUAGUAUGUUGUGACCAGGGUAUCAUAACGCAGCCCGUCCAUGUGUAUUUGGAUGCUUGCCUUGUGUUCAGCAAUCCUAAUGAUAAACUCCUAAGCCUUAACAUAAGGUGACUCUUGGAAUUCUGUAUUUCUGUUGACAUCUGGCUCGCUUUAUAUAUAAAGUUGUUUGCACAGUGCACUGUGAUAGCAGCGCCUGCACUCCUGUAAUUGUGUUUGAAUUGCAUAUUCAGCCUUAAAGUCAGAGGUGUACCAUGCCACUUGUACAUGUAGUAAGUACGUUGUAAAUAUUGUCUGCCGACCUGUUUUGGAAAUGUGAUACUCCACUAAUUUAACGUGCAUUGUAACAUUCCAAAUUCUCUUGUCCUUUUUGAUAAAUACACUGUAAUUUAAUUUAACUGCUGUCAAACUGUGUUUUGUUAUGCAGUUACUUAACUGCCUUAUUAGAGUGCAUCAAAUAUGUAUCUACUCUGCCUUUGUAUAGGCCACCUCCUGCCUCUGUAAGCCUCUGUACUUGCCCAUUACAGUGCUCUCAUUGUGCUGUGGACAUAUCUUGUGCUGGCACACUGUUCCCCAGGAGCCAUUCUGUCAGCCACUCGCACGCUACAACAGGAAUCUCUAAUCCCCUAUAUAAUCUCACCCAGAAUGAUAAAGUGAAGGAGACAACUGACAUCAUUUGACGUCCUUUGAAAAGGACUAUGUCACAAUGGAGUGCUUUUCACAACCAGAAGACAGAUUGCAGAAUAUUUGUCAGUCUAUAAAUAUUAAAUGGUCAACCUAUACGGCCAAGGCUGGAAUCUGGUUCAAGGCUGAACCAGAUUGGUUCAAUCUGUUCAAUUAAAAAGUAAGAAAACUCCCUUUGUGUGUGCAUGUGCUGCUGAGAGACCAAGCCCACAAUUAAUGAGCGCUCAGCUCUCAGAGGAGAGCCUUGUUUACAGUUUUUCAAAGGUUGAAUUUGUAAGGAGAAAAAGUACAUCAUGCCUGGAGGUCAGCUGCAUUAUUGUUUGCCUCAUGCUGUAUGCUUUCACAAAACCACAUCUUUCUUUAAUUUGACCCUUUUGGAAGGCAUCCUCUCCUCAUUAGUUCCACUGUGCAGCACAGCUCUGUGUCUGAUUUCUGGUUCGAGACUUCAGAGGGAAAGCCAACGAUCGAACUUUUGAAGGCCUAAUUCUUUCCAGCCUCUCACUGUUCUGCACCUCAUCUGGUUUCUUUUACAACUUUUUUUAAAUGUAUGGCCAGCUCCAGGGCACACCACUACUGUUAGUACAUCUCCAUAGAGAAGGCUGAGUGCACCUUGUUCAAAUAGUUGCGCGAUUUGUACUCGCACCUCAUUUCAUGGCUUACAGCGUGCGUGUCAGUAUCAAUGAAUUAUGUUUCUCCUUGCUAGGUCACUGCGUAAGUGGCAGAGAAGCAGCGGAGGCUUAAGCAGGUGUAACCGGAGGCUUUUUCCAGGCCAACUGCCUGCUGCAGCUCUAAUAGGGACUUGGGGAUCAAUAUGUAUACUGGCUGUUGUAUAGGGGGAAGCGGGUCAUGUUAAUGUGCUGGGUGUAGGGUUAGCAUGUAUGCGUGUGUCGUUCAGAGGGGGACAGGGGUUGCAGCUGGGCUCUGAGCAUGUCUGUUAAUGCUAAACUCUGCAAAGAGAUUUACGACAGGCUGCAGACUCCAGGGAUUAGACACAACGCUGAACUGAGGUCAACAGGUCUAAGCCAGACUCACGACCCAUCCUCCUUUUCCUGCCUCGCACAAUCACCCUCCCUGAGUGUUUCAGCCACAUCUCGCUCUUCCUGCCACAUCUGUCUUCACUGUUAACAUCUCUUUCAACCUCAUUUGUUAGCUAAAUGGAAGAUGAAAGUUUAAUUUCCCUAAUGAGGGUUUUUUUGGGGGGAGGGGUGGGGGGUGGGGUUAUUUAUUUGCAAAAGAAAGCCAUUUUUUAUCCAGGGACCACGCCAGCUGUAAUCACACUAAUGGUGGAUAUCAAAGAGGUUGUUGAAUCCCCAUUUUAACUGUUCACAUAUGUGCCUCCCUCCCUUUCUCUGCCUGGCUUAUUUCAGAUCACCAAACAAACUCCUUCCCCCCCCCCCCCUCUUUAUUCUUUCAGAGCCAACAAAACCUUAAUGCACAUAACUUGGUACUUGGCGCGUUAUAACUUGACAUAACAUGACAUGGUCAAAUGAGUGCAGCUUGUCCUAGCUUGUGGCACUGGCACAGUAGGUUAUUAUUUAGUAGGCCUAUAUGGCAGUUAGUCAUGCCUUUAUACAUGCCAGUGCUGUGUGGUUCCCUCCAGAUGUGCUUGUUUUCUGUGUCAGUAAGCCGAAUCACAGGCUCAGACAGUCAUACCAGCCAGGGGCCCACAGCAGGCCCCGGCACAGACCCCAGGUACUCAAACCGAUCUUUUUCUUUGUGCACAUUGCAAACAUUCCAGAGGAACUGAGGGAGGAUCAUCUCCAUGGACACACAGACGCACACAGACACUUCUCAGACAGGCGAGUGGAAGGAGUCCCAGCUGAGUACAUAAACCGUUGUUAAAGUUGGCUGAGAUCUCUUUUUUUCUUUUUUAAACCACCUAUUCAAAUAAAGUUAUUCACAUUGAUGCAACAUUUUAAAGGCUGUUUUUACACUUGUUUUGUAGGCAUGUGUAUAAAUGAGUUAGAACUUUGUAAUUAGGGAGCUUUAGAGGUGCUGAUAGGUGCAUUUUGUCACAUUCACUCAGAGCCAAGGUUGCAGUUUCCGUCCGUUCCCAUCCUUUAUUCUAAUAAGCUAACAAACUGCUAGCUGUUGGAAACACGGAAAAUAAUUUAGUAAAUUAAGAAUUUUAAAAAGUCAUUAUCACCCAGUGACAGUUGCUUACUACACCAAACUAAUUUGCAUGAUAUCAAAUAUGAAGUGCUUUGGACCAAAAAGUAAAAUUGGGUGUUUUGCUAGACACCAGGUGACUGACUGACUGCCCCUUUCCCGGUGGGCCUGCCAUGUGUGAAUGGACGGACAUUACUGGCAUUCUUUUAUGGCUGCAGAGCGCAGGGAACUUCCUGUGCAUGACUGAAUGAUUUCAUUAUGAAACACGGCACAUACUAGGGGGAGAGUCAGUUAGUCACAGCUGAGUGGAUACGGGCCAUAAAGGGUAAACUGGGGGGACCAGGGCAACGACUGGAGGGGCUUUGGCUUCGGACACAGCCGGGCUUGUGGUGUGCCUGGAGAGCUGGCACAAAGCCUGGCUUUGUCCAAACCAGCGGUGAAAGCAUAAGGCCAGGACCUUUGGGCAUUCUUUCUCAAGACAAAGUAGAAGGUAAUAAGCAACAGAGGCAGGCAAAAAAAAAAUGGCUACACAUACCUCAGCUAAUAAGAGGAGGAAAAACAAACGCGUGUCAAGUGUAGUGACCUCCUCUGUUUUCAUGUCGGCAUGUGUAUGUCCAAAUUCAUUUCAGUCCAAUCCAUGAUGUCGAUGUUUGGAUUGGCUAGAUGUUUGGAUUGGCUAGAUGUUUGGAUUGGCUAGUUUCCCAGUUUGUGACUAUCCACAGGUGUGAGUUUUGGAACUGCGGCAUGUAGUCCCAUUUCAUCACACACUGCGACUUUAACAAGCGUGUCUGCCUGGAAACAUCACCAGGGACACACAGCUUUGUCAGCCUCUGCCAUAUGGAUUUACUUUUAAAGUCAGCUGUGAUAGCACACAAGCGUUUGAUGAAUGAGAGUAAAUAAAAAAUAUGAAAAGCGACAGAAAAAAAGUUUGAAAAAGAGAAGGUGAAGCAAUGGGUUAUGUAUAAGGGCGAUGAGUAUGUGUGUGACCAUGCAAAACUCUAUGGCAGAUUUGUCCUUUCUCCAACAAGAGAUUUCCCUAAACUCUGAUGGCCGCUGUCUUCAGACAAUUAACUUGUGUCCUUGAAUGGGAAAUUGUUUUUUGCAGGGCUCUAUCGCAGUAACUCAUACACAAGGGAGCAGACUCAUCUGUCCAGCUGUUGUCCAUUCUCUCAGGGCUGCCCUUUAUGGAAAAGAUGACAUCCAACAUUUCCAUCACAAAGCCCCGUUAGUUCCAUAGCGCUGCAGUUUAUUUUCUCACUCUGUGAUGACUACCAGUGACUCAGAUCUUCGAUGUAGUUCAUGUUGACAGAAAUAUAUCAGAUAACGCAGACAUAUGACAUUACUGCAUUAUAUUCCUCGUCAUCGUUCUGUUAUUAUUAGAUUUGGAGCAAUAAUAUAGCCUACAGUAUGUAUACAAAUAGGCAUAGAGAUCUGAACAUAAUCCUUUAAACUGUUUUUGAAACAUGUACUGAUUAACCUCAAUUUGGAUUCCCUCUAUUUUCCUUUAAUACGAUUUGCUUCAUGCCAGUCAUGCCAUGCAUAAAAAUAAAUCCUGAUUAAUUCCACCACUUAAUUCCAUCCUAUUUGUUAUGCCUUGUCCCGCAAGCUCUGUCUCCAAAAUGUCAGAACAUAGCCUGCACAGUCAUAAUGUAAAACAUUUGCAUUUUAUAUCAUAAAAAGAAUAAGACUGUCACAUUUAUAAAUGAUAACGGACUUAUUUUCCUACAGGAUGGGCUAGAUGAAAGACUUUACCAUUGCCAGAAGUAAAAGUGGCAAAACAAAAAGUUAGUAAAAGAGGUAGAUUCAGCAUGUGCCCUUUCCCACCAUAGCAUGUCUUAAAAUUCUGUUUUGUUUAUCAAAUCGAAGUCUACCCAGGCAUGACAUUAGCUCCCUUGUAAAGACCGUGCUGUGUUCAAAUGUUUUGCCUUGCCUUCUCCUCCUUACUUCUACUGAAACGUCACGCAGUAUUUUGAUUGACAUGCUUGAUGGGUUUUUGAUGUAUUCUAUUCCCCUGUUGAUGCCUGGGUGCAGCCCGGGGACCUGUUUCAAGUACACGCCGUUUUGCUCAUUUGCAUCUGGAUUCAUCUCUAUGUAAAUGUGAAUUAGUAUGCUUAUGGAAAUGUUGUCUUCCAUCUUUUGUUGGCAAAAAAAAGGUGCAUUAAUGGGGAGAUAAUCUAUCAUUUUGUUGCUGAAUUCUUCUUUCUCAUGGCCACCUGCAACUAAGCUAAGAUUGUGGCCGUAAUUAAGAUAUUUCUAUGCAAACGUUGUGAGUGGAGGAUAUGAAUCAGCCCCAAUGCUGGACAAAAGAGUUGAUUGGUCCAAAUGAGCUGGCAGGACAUAUGAAUAAUUAAUAAUAGGAAUGAGGGGGUGACUUGUCUAAUUCUGAAAAGGUGUGUGCAAAUGAUGCAGCGCUCAGCAAACCCAACUCUGAUAUCUGACACAUCUUAUUAUUUAGCUUCUAAAUGUAUUAAGUCUUACUCCCACUGAACAGCAUGAAACUAUCUGCUCAUUAUAACCAUACUUGUUGUCAGUGGAGUUUUCUUUUUUCCCAGCGUGCUGUGACUGUGUCAUAAGGGCUUUGUCCUCUCCGUGCCUGAAGUGCAAAGCGAAUCGAUACGCAGAAGGGCAAGAGGACGUGCGAUACUUGAUGACAAAAUACCUACAAGCUGCUGAAACAGCACAUUCCUUCCUGCUAGCCGACCACUUGCUCUCUGAAUGUCAGCGUUGGCUGCAAGCUGUGGCCUGUCAAACACCUGCGUGUGGUCGCAGUAGUCCUUUUGAAUUAUAGCCCCCAUUGGCUGCGCCGGUGCUCAGUAAUUCGGUCAUUUCUAUGUAAAUUGUGCAUAGUAGUAUGUUGUACCACACAAACGCUCCGGCUUGCCUCGUUCCAUAAUAAUACUCUGUUUCACGUAAAUGAUUAAAGCUAAUUGUGAGAAAAUGUCACAGCAGUCAAUCAGUUAAGUAGAUAGGUCAACAGGAGUGUAGAUAGAAGAGAAGGGCACUCAGGCAUGCAGCGACAAAAACAGGCACAGGAGGCAGGCAG